UCAGAGGUCUGAGGGAGGCAGGUCAAGUGCUGUGUGGCUAGGACCCAUGGCUAUGAACUUGCAGGAAAAUGUGACCUUGGCCAUGGCCGUGUUAACCAUCCUAGCCUCCAUCUACUUCUUCAACAAGGCUCAGCAGUAAGAAGGCAUGGCUCCCCAGUCCACCAGCUUGGCCCCCGCCUGCUCUGCCAUUGCUCUGGCCUCUAAGAUCCAAUAAAUGUUAACAGCACCAGA